UUACCAAAUUUACAGCUUGCCGGGGGGCCAUCAAGCUUACCAUGCGCUCAAGAGGGAGUAUGAGAUUCGGUAUGGCAAGAACGCGGGGAAGCGGAUGGCACAAAACGAGGCAAACAGACGCUUUCGUGAGGGGACUCUCGUUCCAAACCAGCCUCGGCCCGCAGCAGGUGGGAACCCUGCUGCAGGUGGCGCUGGUGCUGCCGGACAGGGCGCGAACCAGCCAGCUUACCGUCAGGCAGGGCCCUCGGCAGCAGAGCAAGAGGCGCGCAGGCGGGAGGCACAGCUGCUGGAGCAGCAACGUGCGGAGGCGGACGACGCAAAUGCAGCUCAAAAUGAGGACGAGUCUGGGGACCAGGAAACCAUCUACAACCUCUACAGGCCCGCCAAGGUGACUGAGGGCCUGCCGCACCCCGACCCCAUCGUGGAGACGGCCUCGCUGGCCUCCGUCACGCCGCCCGACAUCACCUACACCCAUCACCUGCAGUCCAACGUGGCCAGCGGCCAGGUGUCCAAUGCGCAGCUGGAGACGGUGCUGUACGCCUUUCAGCGCUUCGAGCAGAGGCUGCCGGACGGCGCCCGCGCUGGUUUCUUCCUGGGCGACGGCGCGGGCGUGGGUAAGGGCCGCCAGAUCGCGGCUGUGAUCAAGGAGUUCUGGGCCACGGGCGGGCGGCGGGUGCUGUGGGUGUCCACCUCCAACGACCUGCGCUACGACGCCCGCCGCGACCUGGAGGACCUGGGCGCGGCAAACAUCCCCCUCAACCCGCCGAAAAAGGACAAUGUCCCCGCCGGCCCUCUGGCCCGCGCCUACCCCAACGGCACCGUGCUGUUCAUCACCUACUCACUGCUGGUGUCCCGCGGCACCUACAAGGCGCCGCCGCGCGCGGCGGGCGAGGGCGGCCGCGGCCGCGGUCGGGGCCGGGGCCGGGGGCGCGGGCGGCGGGGUCUGGCGGCGCUGGUGCACAACGAGGAGGGGGACAUGCUGGCGGAGGCCGCCAUCGAGGCCAAGCGCGCCGAGGCGCGCUACCUGUUCGGCCCCGGCACGCGGCUGCACCAGGUGGUGCAGUGGCUAGGCGGCGGGGACGGCCGCGGCGACUGCCUUAUCGUGCUGGACGAAUGCCAUAAGGCCAAGAACCUGCUGGACCUGGCUUGCUCCUCCACGCGCACCGGCCUGGCUGUGGAGGCGCUGCAGGACCAGCUGCCCAACGGCCGCGUGCUGUACAGCAGCGCCACGGGCGCCAGCGAGCCCGACAACCUGCGCUACAUGAGCCGGCUGGGCGCCUUCGGAUACCGCCACAUCGGCAACAUGAUCGACGUGCUGAAGAAGUCCGGCCUGGGCGCGCUGGAGAUGUUCUGCAUGGGCCUCAAGGCCACCGGCACCUACGUCAGCCGCACGCUGGCCUACAGCGGCGCCGAGUUCAGGAUGGAGACGCUGGACAUCGACCCCAUCUUCAAGGUCAUGUACGACCGCUCCGCCGCGCUGUGGGCGCUGGUGUUCAACGUCAUGACCGCCUUGCCCAAGAGCAGCGGGCAGGGCCGCGAGCCGCGCUCGGGUCUGUUCUGGAGCGCGCACCAGCGCUUCUACAGGCAGAUGCUCAUGGCCAGCAAGGUCAAGCGCUGCGCCGAGCUGGCGGACGAGGCUCUGCGCGACGGCCUGUGUGUGGUGAUUGGGCUGCAGAGCACCGGCGAGGCCAACAUGGCCAACGCGCGCGAGCUGGCGGCCAAGGAGGGCGAGGGCGAGGAGAUGGACGACUUCGUGUCCGCGCCCAAGAUGGUGCUGCAUAGCUUCAUCUCCCAGUGGCUGUUCAACUUCCGCGGCAACGAUGUCGACAACAUCAUGCCGCAGCGCGCCCGCCGCCGCCUGCAGAUGCACAUCUACCGCGCCUGCAAGGCCUGGCAGAAGCUGCCCAGCGCCGCGGAGGAGGCCGACCAGCGCAUCAAGCUCGCCAAGCGCCAGGCGGCGCAGGAGGCCCGCGCAGCCGCACGAGAGCAGUCGCAGCAGGGCACCGCUGGCGGCGCGGGCGUGGUGGUGGGCGCCUACACGACCAAGCGCGCCGCCAUCGCCUCCAUGAACGUGCAGCUGCAGCCGCAGCAGGUGAAGGCCGAGGCGGCCGGCCGGGCGGCGGCGGGGUUGGCGGCGGGCGCGGGCGCGGGCCCCAGCAGCGGCCGCCCCAGUGGUGGCGGCGGCGGCGGCGGCGCGAGCGCCAAGAAGGUGGUGCUGGUGCUGGACAGCGACGAGGACGACUUUGUCGAGCUGGUGGAGUCGCCCACGGAGCGGACCGCGCCGUUCCCUCUGCCCGGCGCAGCCGCCGGCCCCUCGAACGCCGCCGCCGCGGCGGGUAGCACCGCUGCUGCUAGUGCCGCCGCCGCCGCGCCGGCGGUGGCACCCGCUGCUGCUGCUGCUGCUGCUGCUGCUCCUGCGACUGCCGCCGCCGCCGCUGCGGACAGCGACGACGAGGUCCAGCUGGAGGGCGAGAAGACCAUUGACGAGAUCCUGGAGGAGAAGCGGCUGCGUGCGGUCAUGAUGGGUGACAUGAUCGACCUGGCAGACGACCUGGAGGAGGCCGCCGCCGCAGUAGCAGCAGCAGCAGCAGCCAAUGGCGGCGCUGGCGGCUCCGCCGCCGGCGGUGCGUACGGCGGCGGUUUUGGCGGCGGCGCCGCCGCCGUACCGCGGCCGCGGGACCCGGCCAAGGUGGCACGUGAUGCGGAGUUGGACCGGGAGUAUGCGGCCAUGGAGCGGGAGGAGGCGGCGGAGCGGGCGGAGGAGGAGGCGCGCAAGAGGGCGCAGCGCCGGGAGCGGCUGGAAGCGGCGCUGGCCACCGCCAAGUCGUUUCUUGAGUCCAGCCGGUCCGAGGUGGCUCGCCUGGAGGCGCAGGAGGCAGAGGCCACCGCCGGCGCCACUGCCGCCGCUGCCGCCACCGGCGGCGGCACCGGUGCCUACGGUACCGCCGCCCCGGCCGCCGCCCCGGCGGCGGCGCGCCGCGGCCGCGGCCGCAGCGCCAGCGCCGGCGGCGCCAGCGCCAGUGCCGGCGGCAGCGGCAGCGGUGUGGUGGUGCUGACGGCGACGUCGGGCUCCUCGCGCCGCUCCCAGGGCGCGCAGCCCGAGCAGCCGGAGGUUGCUAGCCCGCUCAAGCGUCCGUCGCGCGGGCGCCGCGCGGCGGGAGCGUCAGGCGCGGGCCUGCCGCCCAAGGCGCCUGUCGCGCCUCGUGGGGCGGCGGCUGCCGCAGCGGGCGGCAACAGCAGCGACGCGGAGGCGGAGGUGGCCGAGCUGGCGGAGGCGGAGGCCGCCGGCGGCGCCCACCGCCUCCUGAAGCGCAAGACCUCGUCGGCGCCGACCACACCCGAGGAGGCGGCGGCGGCGGCCGCCGCGGCCGCUGCCGCCGCGGGUCUGGAGGACCUGGAGGAUGCAGAUGCGGACGCGGGUGCGGCGGCGGGCGGCGCCCAGGCGGCGGCGGCGGGCGGCAGCCGGCGGCCGGCCAAACGUGCCAAGGCCGCUGACGGCGGCGCCCGGGCGGCGGGCGGCCGGCGGCGCCGGCAGGCGGUGGUCGAUGACGACGAGGAGGCGGAGGAGGAAGAGGACUUGACGGAAGAGCCGGAGGAGGAGGCCGAUGGCGCGGCGGAGGAGAGCGCGGCGGACGAUGAGGACGAGGACUUUGAAGCUACGGUAGUGCCAUCACGGCGGUUAUCACGGCGAUCCACGCACGUGGCCGCCGGCGCCGCGGCACCUGCCGCCGGCGCAGCAGGCGCCGGCGCCGCGGCUGGCGCCGCUCGCCGGCGCGGCCGCAGCAGGCUCGAGGAGCUGGAGGAGCAGCAGGCGGCGCAGGAGGCGGCGCAGGCGGUGGAGGACGCGGCGGCGAUGGACGCGGCGACGGCCAUGGACGCGCAGCAGCAGGAGGGCGACGGCAAUGGCAAUGGCGGUGAUGAGGGUACGGCGGCGGCCAACAUGGCUAGGCUGUUUAAGAUCCGCAUGCAGCUGCGCGCUGCUCGCUCCAAGCUACGUGACGCCGAGGCGGCCGCCGCCUCCGCCGAGCGAGCCAUGGCAGACCUCAACCGCAGCAGCGGCGGCGGAGCCGCCGCCGCCACUAACGGCGGCGCCGGCACGUCCGCGGGCGGCCGCGCGCGCGGCAGCAGCGGCGGCGGUGCCGCGGGCACGUCGUCUCUGGGCCGUGGGGUCCGCAGCACUCGGUCGGGUCGGGCGACGCGGCAGGUCAACUACGCCGAUAUGGAGGACGAGGAGGACAGCGACGGCGGUGGCGGCGGAGGCGGGGACGAGGAGGACGACUCGGACGAUGACGACGACGACAUGGACCAGGACGGCCCGGGGCCCUCCAACCGCCCCGCACCGCGCGCCGCCAACCCCGCCGCCUACAAACACGCCGUCAAGAGCCGCCCACUGAUGGAGCUACCUAGCAGCUGGAAGGAGCGCGGCGCGGCGGCAGAGAACGGCGGCGGAGGUGGCGGCAAGAAGGGCGGCGGCCGCGGCGGCCGUGGCGGGCGAGGGGGGCGGGGCGGGCGAGGAGGCCGCGGCCGGCGCGGCGCGGGGGCACCGGACGAUUCGGAUGCGUCAAGCCCCGACGAUGAUGACGACGACGACGAUGAUGACUUCGCCAUUGAGAUGUUUGGCGCCUACGGCGGCGCAGGCCCCGCCGGCGAGGACGACAACGGCGGCGCCGAGGAGGCGGAGGAGGUCGCGGACGAGGACGAUGACGAUGACGGACUGAUGGACGAGGCGGAGCUGGAGGAGGCGGCGGACCGCAGCGGCGGCGCGGCGGCCCGUCGUAGUGCUGGCGGCGGCGGGGGAGCCGGGCGCGCCCGCGGGCGGUCGGGGCGGGACUUCGACCCGGCCAGCCUGCCGGUGGAGCUGCGCAAGUGCCGGGAGAUGCUGCUGCGGCUGCUGGAUGCGCAGGAGCUGCCCUGCAACCCGCUGGACCAGCUGACGGAGCUGCUGGGCGGCGAGGGCGCUGUGGCGGAGAUGACGGGGCGCAAGAUGCAGCUGGUGCGGUGCGAGGCCACCGGCAAGGUGGUGGCCAAGCAACGCCGCGAGGACGAGGCCCAGAAGAUGGUCAACAUGGCAGAGAAGGACGACUUCAUGGCGGGGCGCAAGAAGAUCGCCAUCAUCAGCGACGCCGCCUCAACCGGCAUCAGCCUGCAGGCCGACCGCCGUGUGGCCAACCAGCUGCGGCGCUUCCACAUCACACUGGAGCUGCCCUGGUCGGCGGACAAGGCCAUCCAGCAGUUCGGGCGCUCCCACCGCUCCAACCAGUCCUCGGCGCCCAUCUACUGCCUGCUGGUCACCAAGUGCGGCGGCGAGUACCGUUUCGCGGGCGCGGUGGCCAAGCGCCUCACCAGCCUGGGCGCGCUGCUGCGGGGCGACCGCCGCGCGCUGGGCGCCAGCGCCGACCUGAAGCCCUUUGACGUGGACAACAAGUACGGGCACCAGGCCGUGACGCGGCUGCUGUCCUGUGUGGCGGCCGGCUACCAUGACGUGGCGGGCGCAGUGCUGCCGCCCCUGCCCGCAGAGCUGCUGCCGCCGGGGGCGCCGCCCGCAGCCGCCGUACCAGGCACUCUGGCCAGCAAGGACGCGUUCAUGGGCGUGAUGCGCUCCGCCCUCAAGACCAUGGGGCUGCUGGAGGACAAGGGCGGCUUCUGGGUUGUGGCCGGGUCUGACGGCAUGCGCGCCAAGAAGACCGGCAACGCCGUGGACGUGCCCAAGUUCCUCAACAGGCUGCUGGGGCUGCCGCUGCUGCACCAGGACGUGCUGUUCACCUACUUCAACAGCAUCAUGGAGUCGCUCAUCAAACAGGCCCGCACCGCCGGCACGUACGAGGAGGGCAUGCUGCAGCUGGGCGCGGGGCAGGUGACGGUGACGGAGGAGGAGGUCAUCCACACCGACGCCGCAACACAGGCCACCACCAGCUACAUGGAGGUGGAGGUGGACGACGGCCUGGCCUGGUCGGCGGCGGCGGCGGCGCUGGAGGCGGCGCUGGCCGACAUGCGGGCGGAGCAGGCGCCGGAGCAGGCGAUGGCCAAGGUGGGCUUCUACCUGUCCAAGCGCAAGGCGUCGGGCGGGCGGCCGCUGGUGAUACUGGCCACCGCGCUGCGCCGCGCCACGCUGGGCGGCGGCGGCGGCCUCAGCUUCCGCAUCCAGCGGCCCAACCAGGUCAAGACCUACAUCUUCUCCCAGACGGAGCUGGACGACAAGUACGUCAAGACAGACCUGCAGACCGCCAAGGACUGGUGGGAGCUGUGGUACAACUACCUCAAGGACGGCUGCCUGCACGGCGACGAGUGUGUGGUGCGCCGCCGUACCGGCCGCUGCAACUUCGGGUCGCGCAAGUACCACCUGUGCCUGGUGUCGGGCGCCACGCUGCCGCUGCUGCGCCAGCUGUUCGACACGGUGCUGGGCAGCAACUGGGGCCGCAACGCGCAGGGGCACAAGCCCAUGCCGCGAGUGGUCCGCUUCCCGCUGGAGGACGGCACGGUGCGCAUCGGGCUGCACCUGCUGGACAAGGACGCCGAGGAGUUCAGGCUGCGGGUCACCACCUAGGCGGCGGCGUGGUGGCGUGGUGGCGGGGCAGGGGCAGGGGAGGGGCACCACCGAGCGGCGCAGGGCGCGUGGAGCAGCGCGGUGGGGGGCGGUGGGCGGGACGAUGGGCCUGGCGUGGCGCAUGGAGCGCGCUGCACGGGCGGCGCGGCUGGCACCACCGAGCGGCGCGGGGGGAGCGCUGCAAGCGGGUGGUGCGAGCAGGGAGGGUCUGAGGCGGCGGCGCUGUGUGCCGGAGGUUGUGGGCGUCUUAAGGCCAGGGAGAUGCAGAAGUGCUGGCUUUGUGCUCUGGGUUGGUGGCGCCAAUUCCUUACCCUACGAAUGAGAGAGGACCUCGGACCACCCUUCAUGGCUUAUUCUCAGCUUCUGUGAGAUGUGGAGUGGUCGGCUUGAGUUGUGGGGUUCGAGGCAUAAGUUCGAGGGUCAAGGCACGUGGGUGUUGUGCUCAUUUUACAUUAUUCGACAUGAGCUUUGUGUUUCUGUGUGUGCGCUCCAAUCGUUUUAUUGUGUGGCGUUCGAUACGAUACGAUGACCUGUCAUGACGGGGCCAUGUGUACGCGAGUGCGAGUGCAUGUGUGUGUCCGAGGCCGCAGACUGGCCAGAACGAGCCAUGGGCCAUGGCCCGAAACAAGAGCUAGCAGGGUGUUUGCUGCAGUGCAGGCCUGCGUGUACCGUUAUGUGCUGCUGCUGUAGGCGCCGUGGACGCCUAAAUUGGUCGUGAUGUGCGAAGUUGGUAUCCGGGGGAGCUGCUGUGUUUGUGUGUGUAUGGUGUGUAAGUGUCAACAGCACUCCGGCCGUGGCUGAGUGACAUGUUAUUUAAGGGACGGCAAGGAGGCAGGGGCGAAUACACGAAAUGGGUACCGUAGGUGCCAAUUGAUAGCAUGGCCGCAGGGUGUAAAAGCACGACACU